AUGGAGUACAGCACUGUCGGUGAGUUGAACAAGCAUCGGCCAGACUUCAAGGAGUUAACCCCUACCUGGAUGCUUGGAAGAAUUGUGUCCUAUGAGCUUGAUCAGGAAGAAAAAAAGAUGAUCCAUGGUCCUGGAUCUAGUUCGAAGAAGAACAUUGCACUAAAGGCCAAGAAAUCAUCCAAGAAGAUCAUCAGCUCGAGUGAUGAGCUUGCUCUGUUUUUGAAGAGGUUUAAUAAGAAGUUUGGAAGAAAGUUUGGAAACAAACUGAAGCAUCAAGGUGAAUCCAGCUCCUCCAAGUAUCGGAAACCUGCUCAUCGGAAGAAAUCUGAUAUGGCCAAAAGAGCUUGCUUCAACUGUGGCAAGAAAGGGCACUUCAUCGCUGAAUGUCCCGAGAAAGCUGAUGAAGACAAGGAGAAGAAGGGAUUCAAGAAACAUCCUCACAAGAAAAGCCAUGAUUGUCACAAGAAGAAGGAUUGGAAUAAGGACUCUGCUCAUAAGAAGAAGUGCACAUGUUGGUGA